UAAGAUGAAAAAUCAAAGAUGGAAUCAUCGCUCAGAAGGAUUAACAAUGGCGAAUCGCAAAACACCAAAAUGAUACUGAAAACAGCAAUUGCAUCACGAAUCACUCUGCUAGCCCUAGCCAUCAUAUGGAGAUCAAUCGCAACCCCUUACGACACUUCAGCAUCAAUAAACCCCCCACCCGACUGUCUUCUCGCUCCCACCAACCACCACCACCAAUCAAUCCUAUUUCCUCGCAUCGCCACCGCAAUCGAAAACGGCAUCGUUUGGGACAGCGUUUACUUCAUCCGAAUCGCGCAAUGCGGCGGUUACGAAUACGAACAGACUUACGCCUUCCUCCCUCUUUAUCCUCUCUGCAUUUCCUUAUUCUCACAAACAGUUCUUCGGCCAUUAAUUCCACUUGUUGGACAUAGGGCUGUGUUGGCAUUAUCUGGAUAUGCUCUUAGCAACAUCUCUUUUGUUUUUGCUGCACUGUUUCUUUAUAGGCUUUCUGUUAUUAUUCUGAAGGACUCGGAGGCAUCAUUGAGAGCAUCAAUAUUGUUUUGCUUCAAUCCAGCAUCUAUAUUCUAUUCGUCCAUCUACUCUGAGAGUUUGUAUGCACUAUUAUCAAUCGGAGGACUUAACUUUUUGAUGUUGGGUGCAAAUAAUUUGGCAACACUCUGGUUUGCUUUAUCUGGAUGUGCGAGGUCAAAUGGGGUACUCAAUGCAGGGUAUAUUGGUUUCCAGACCAUGCAUCAAGCUUAUGAAGCUGUAUUUUAUAAAAGAAGCACAUUUUUGGCAGUUCAGGUUCUUGUAUCUGGAAUUUUGCGUAGUGUAUGUGUUUUUGUUCCAUUCGUUGCAUUUCAAGCAUAUGGGUACUACAACCUGUGUGAUGGACACAAUCCUGAUAAAUUAAGGCCUUGGUGUGAGGCAAAGAUUCCUUUGCUGUACAACUUUAUUCAGAGUCAUUACUGGGGGGUCGGUUUUCUACGAUAUUUCCAACUAAAACAAUUGCCAAACUUUCUUCUUGCAUCGCCAAUACUCUCCAUUGCAGUCUGCUCAAUUAUCCAUUAUGUGAAGCUACAGCCUAAAGUCUUCCUUUCACUUGGCUUCCAAGUUUCUCCCAAGAAACAUGGGGAUGCUAAUUUACUUCUCUCCUCGGGAGCAAAUACAAAGAAUACCUCUUUAUCAGAUAGAGAAAUAUCAACAGUAGUUCAAGAAGAUCAGGUCCUUAGAAGGAGAAAACAUAACACUAAACAAGAGGAUCCUCCUAGGCUUUCCACGGAUAAUGUAUCAACUGAAAAGUUAGGAGACUUUUCAGUUAUCAUCAUACCAUUCGUUUUGCACUUGGGGUUCAUGGUAGCCACAGCAUUUUUUGUCAUGCAUGUUCAGGUUGCUACACGGUUCUUGUCGUCAAGCCCCCCCAUAUAUUGGUUUGCCUCUUAUGUAUUGGCAUCUCCUGGUAUUCAGAGGGGCUGGAGAUACUUGAUUUGGGGCUAUUGUGCAGCCUACAUCCUCCUUGGCAGUUUGCUCUUCUCAAACUUUUACCCUUUCACUUGAAAGUGUACAGGUUGCAACAUAAAGUACCUCUGCCAUGUAAAAUUUUGACACACAAUUUACAAUGUAAUGAAUAGAUUAUAGAUGCAUUUUCCAACUUUUGUGUUUA